UGGUCCUCAUUGAGAAACCCUGAUCUAAACUAACGCUACAAUGUAUACAUCAUAAUUUUAUUCGCGCGAAUUCGAAGUUACCGACUUUACUGACAGUUCCAAUACAUCUUAUCAAUCCACGUAUAUUGAUUGUUUGCAAUUGUUCAUUUCAUUAUUUUUAUUUAGUACACUUGAUUAUACUUGAUUAUUGUACAACAGAGUUGUAUAACAUUUAUUUUGUACAAUGUCACGAAUAAGAAGACUUUCUAUUCGUGGUAUUCGCAAUUUUGGCGACGAAAAUGAGGAGUCUACGAUUAAAUUUUCUCGACCAUUGACGCUUAUUCUUGGUCCAAAUGGUACUGGAAAAACUACGAUUAUCGAGGCACUUAAAUUUGCUACUUGCGGCGAAUUUCCACCAGGUUCAGACCGGGGAAAAUACUUUAUUCAUGAUCCAGCUCUAACAACAACUUCAUCGGUACGAGGAGUUGUUAAAGCUGAAAUUGCUGAUGCAGCGGGUAAUAUUUAUACAAUAUGCAGAACGAUAGAAUAUUCAAAGGCAAAUUCAGCAAUGAGAUUUAAAACUCUUGAUAGCGCCUUAAGCAGAAUAAGUAAAGUUACAAAAGAGGUGGUAUCAAUAACUAACCGAUGUACCAAUGUUGAUACAGAAAUUACAUUAGCAAUGGGAGUUUCAAAACCUAUUUUAGAUUAUGUAAUAUUUUGUCAUCAGGAAGAUCUCAAUUGGCCUUUUGUAGAGGGUAAAAAACUAAAAGAAAAAUUUGAUGAGAUUUUUGAUAGUGCUAGAUAUAACAAAGCUCUUGAAAACAUUAUGAAACAAAUCAAAGAUUUAAGACAAAGAAUACUUAUAUUAAAGGAGCAAAAGCAAAACUGUUUAUACAUUGUUAGUGAAUUAGAAGAUAAAGAAACAAAACUUGAAGAUCAUAAAAAGAGAUUGGAAACUAUCAAACAAAAAAUAGAAGAAAUUAAUGAAGAUUUAGAACCAGUAACUCAGAAGAUUGCUGAAAUAGAAAAAUUGGAUUCUGAUUACAAAGAUCUGAUGUCUGAAGAAAAAAGAAAAAAAACGGAGUACAUGAUGUCCAAAGAACAAGUAGAGAAACUAAAGGAAAAUAUAACUGAAAUAUUUGAGGGAACACUAAAAGAACUAGAAGAGCAGCUGAAGUCUUAUGAUGGAAACUUAAUUAAAAAAGUUGAUGAAAUAAAAGAGCUUGAAACACAAUUAAAAGAUAUUGUUAAAGAAGAAUCAAAAAUAUCAAAAAUGUUAGCUGAUGAAAGAGUCACGAAUGGUUCUUUGAGGCAACAAAUUAAAGAUCAAGAGAGAAAAGUUACUUUACGCAAUAAGAUAUUAAAUGAGGCAUUAUCAGCAUGGAAUCUUGAGAAUAUUGAUUCAAAUGUAUCAGAACUAGAAGUAAUAGCUUUAUCCAAAAGAUUAGAAGAAAAAAUGUGGGAAUUAAAUAAAAAAUUAGAUGAAAACAGAAUGCAAAGAGAAGAAGAAGAAAAAGAGGUGCAAAAGACAGUAGAUAUUUUGCGCAGUGAAAAACUAAAAGUAGAGUCACAGAAAAGUAUUAAAGAAAAUGAGAUGACUGAGACAAGAGACGAACUUAAUAAAAUAAAAAUGGAGAUAUUGCAGAUCGGUGCAGCGGCAAAUAAGUUAAAUUCUAUUGAAUCUAAGAUAAAGGAAACAAAAAAUAAACUUGAACAAUUAAAUGAAAUAAUGGAUGUGGAUACUAUGAAAAAAGAAGUUCUUAACAAAACACAAUCGCGAAAUAAAUUGGAAACACGUUUAAAUUCAGUCGAUGAAGAAAUAUCUUCGUUGUUAAAACAAAGUUCAUUGCAGGCUGAAUUAGAAUUGAAUAAAUCUUCGUUACUUUCUAAAGAAAAAGAAAUACAGAAAUUAAAGGAGAAGCACGAAGAAAAAAUAACGAAGUUAUUAAAUAUUCCAGAAUUACCUCUGUCUAAACUAAAGAGUGAUUUAGAUACGGUUCAAAAACAAUUGAUGAAUGAAAUGGAACAAAUUAAUCAAGAAAUUCAGACAGAAGAACAUCAGUCGACUACUUUAGAAACGACUAUAAAGCAUCUUGAUCAUGAACUUCAAAAAAAGAAGAAAGAAAUAGAGUCGGAUAAACAGAAGAUCGCAUCAAUAUGCUAUUACAAAAACUUUGAUGAGACUCUGUUAUUACAAUCAAGGAAAGUGAAAGAUCUUCAAGACAGAAGAGGAAUGUAUGCUCAUCAAGGAGCUGCUUACAAAGAAUAUAUGAAACAAUUAAAAGAAACAAAUCCAUGUUGUCCAUUGUGUCACAGAGGUUUUGAUGAACGAGAAGCUGUUGUAACUUUAUUAAAGGAAAUGGAAAAAGAAAUGGAAAGUCAUCCAAAUCGAUUAAAAGAAUGCGAGACAGAAUUAAAGAUCCAGCAAGAAAAAUAUGAUAAAAUGUUACAAUUAAAACCUGUGGUUGAAAAAAUUGUACAAUUGGAGGAAAUGGAAUUGGGAAUGAUGAUGAAUAACUUAGAAAAGUCUAAAAAUAAAUUGACUAGUUCUCAAAAAGUUAUAACAAAAUUGAAGGAAAAGAAGUCUGAUCCCGAAAAUAAACUUACAAUCUGUAAUGAGAUCAUGAAUGAUAUUACGUUAUGGGAUAAUUAUAUUGAUGAAAUUUCCAAAUUUAAACAACUAAUUAAUAAUUUUCAAACUCGCAUGAUUAAUGCAGGAAUUAAGACAGAUCGUAGUCUUGAGGAAGCUCAAGCUGAUCGGGAAGAGUUAAAAACAUUAUUGAAGAACACUUCCAACGAAAUUGAAAUUUUACAAUCGAAAAUAAAUACACACAAUGAAAAGAUUAAUAAUGCUCGCGAAGAACAAAACAAAUUACACGAAGAGAAAUUAAAAAUCGAGUCCAAUAUGCAGAAUCUAAAACAGCUGAAAGAUCAGCAAGAAUCGUUGUAUUCAAAAGAAAUUUCUCUUGGAUCGUUACUAGACUCAUUAAGACAAAAAAUGACUUCAGCAGAAAGCGAAUUAAAUGAAGCAGUUGAUAAAUUAGAAAAGAAAAAGAAAGAAAACUGGGAAAAACAAGAAACUGACAGGAAAUUAUUAGCGGACGGAAGUAGACGUUUAUCCGAAUUACAGAAAGCACAGGAUGAAGUUGAUAUAUCUAUAUAUCAUAAAAUCCCUGAAGCCGUAGAACGGUCCGAAUCCCAAAUAAAAAGUUAUCAACAAUCAAUUGAUGAACUGCUUCAGAAAAAGAGUAAUACAGAAUCAAAGAUAAGUAAGUUAAAAGAAGAUAUUAGCCGUCAAGAAAUUCGGAAGAGAGAAUUAUCUGAUAACAUUUUGUUACGGAAGAAUGAAGAAACUACUACAAAAUUAGAAAAAGAAUAUUUAAGUUUGAAAGAAAAACUAAGCGCCGUGAAUUAUUCUCAGAUGCUAGAAGAACGAAAAGAUUUGCAAAGUUUAGAACAAGCUUUACUCCGUAAGAAAAAUAUGAUAAAAGGUAAUCAAGAAGAAUUAGAAAGGGCAGUGAAACAGUUCUCUGAUGAAUUGAAGAAAGAUAUUUACAGACAAGCUCGAAAAAAUCAUAAAACUAAAUGCAUUGAACUGACGGUAGUGGAAGAAACUAUAUCAAAUUUGAAAGCAUACAGUAAAGUAUUAGAUGUGGCUAUGAUAGAGUACCAUGAAGAACGUAUGUCAACGGUUAAUAGAAUUAUGAGGGAAAUGUGGAGACUUGUAUAUACUGGAACAGAUACGACGUCAAUAGAAAUUCGCACAGAUGCUACAGAAGGUAUAGGCAAUUUAAGAAGAACAUAUAACUAUAAACUAGUUCAAACUAAACAUGGUCGUGAAAUAGAUAUGAAAGGUCGUUGCAGUGCUGGUCAAAAAGUUUUGGCAUCAAUAAUUAUAAGGUUAGCUUUAGCAGAAACAUUUUGUAAAAACUGUGGAGUUCUUGCUUUAGACGAACCAACGACAAACUUGGAUCAGGAAAAUGCAGAUAGCUUAGCAAGCGCUUUAGCGACGGUUGUUAAAUUACGAGCACAGCAUCAAAAGAACUUCCAAUUGAUCGUGAUUAGUCACGAUGAAAAGUUUCUAUUGAAACUAGCCGAAUUGAAUAAUAACAAAGGCUUUUAUGAACUUUAUCGUAAAUACAGUGGAUAUACGGCAGUUAGACAUUGUCAAGUAGAAAAUCAAGAUCAUGUUGCCUCAAGCUCUAUAAAAGAAGAAGUAUCAUCUGAUGAGGAAGUUGAGGAAGACCCAGUAAAAUCGAAAGAUAGCUCACAAUCAGACACAGGUUCGCAGACAAAAGCACAAUUGCAAAAGAGAAAGAGACAGGAAUCCGAAGAUCGUGCCGAGAGUACAUCAAAAAGGAGAUACGUUUUAAAUUUGUAAAGUCUUUCUUUAUCAUAGAAUAAGUUUAACAUUAAGCCGAAAUAUGUAUAUUCUGUGUGUGUAUACAUUUUUUUUUAUAUUUGUACAAAACAAAAGUGUCUUUUUUAUGUUUAUAUUUAUAAAGAUGUGAAGUAAAGUGUUUAUAAGUAUGCUACAUAAUUUCUAUUGUUCAUUAUUGAAAAAUAAAUGUUGCCUUUGCUAACAUAUA